ACUUCUAAAUCACUGCAGUUGAGCCGCUUGCUUCCAACGUGCGCGUGUUAAGUGGGAGGGUCCGUAGCUGGCUGGCUGCGUGUUCGGUUUGGAUCCCGCACGGUCCCCGCACCACCACCGUCGCACUCAUACAAUGAGCGGGUGGCUCAGUGACAAGAGCACCGACGAAGCGUCAUGAAUCCCGGACACGCUCGGAUCCUACUCGCUGCCGUCACCUGCGUACUGCUCAUCUCCGGAUCUUCGCCGAGGUCACAGCGGCAGGAGGACGCCCACCUCAGUGACAGUGAAGAGUGUUCAGAUAACAUCUCCACAACCAAGUACUCUUGCGUCAAGUCCAGUGGGGAAGUUGCGACAUGCUACAGAAAGCAGUGCUGCCGGGGGUUCAAGUUCGUGCUGGGCCAGUGCAUUCCUGAAGACUACGACGUGUGCUCUGGCGCUCCCUGCGAGCAGCAGUGUAGUGAUCACUUUGGCCGGGUGGUGUGCACCUGUUACCACGGCUACCGUUACCACCGCGAGCGACACCGUAACCGUGAGAAGCCCUACUGCCUGGACAUUGAUGAAUGCAGUGACACAAACACGACGGUGUGCUCCCAACUUUGCAUCAACACGAUUGGGAGCUUUCAUUGCAAGUGCCAUCCGGGCUUCUUCCUGGAGGAAGAUGGGCGAACAUGCAGCAAAGAAGGAAGAGGAAUGAUAUCAUCAACAGUACUGCAUCAUGUCUUGGAGACAUCUGACAAUGUGAUGAACACGGGGACCUGCUCAGCCACGUGUGAUGACUUCCAGCAGAUCAAGACCACCGUGUGGCAGCUCAAACAGAAGAUACUGUCGAGCAGUUCUGAUGUUCCAGAGCAGACGACCAACGACAAAAUCCCAGCUACCUUUUUAACGGGACCGCCUGGUCUGCCUGGUUCGCCAGGAGAUCCGGGACCCAAAGGACCACCGGGUCUUGUAGGACAAUCAGGGCCCUUGGGCCCUCCUGGACCAAGGGGCUUGAUGGGUCCCAUGGGGCCCACACCAGACUUGUCCCACAUCAGACGAGGAUCUCGCGGACCUGUGGGGCCUCCGGGAGCGCCGGGAAAAGACGGGCACAAGGGGGAGCGAGGAGCACCCGGGCCGACUGGACCUUCAGGCCCUCCAGGCUCGUUCGACUUUCUACUAUUGCUGAUGGCCGACAUCCGCAAUGACAUCGCCGACCUCCAGAUCAAAGUGUACGGCCGAGCGCCCGUCUACCCGGGGGAGGAGCUACCCGUGAUGCCCGGCGCCUGGCGAGACAGCCAAGACAUGGGCUCGGGCGAGGACUUCCGAGAGAUGAUGCCGCCACCGCCGCCGCACUCCAAGAGGACCCGGAAGAGAAAGCCACCGCGAAGCAGGACAGAUAGCAAUGGACUCUAAAUAGUCAACGUGAGAUGUAAAUAUCGUAUGAUUAUUUAACUAUUUUUAUUAAUAGAAUGUAUCAGAUGCCUUUUGGAUCACAGAUGUUUAUUUUUCUAGAUUGUAUGCAAGAUGAUGGUUAUUUUUAAACGUUUUUAAACAUCCUUCCUAGCACAUUAAAAGAAGAGCUUUACUAUAAAUAGGUGAUGGGAAAAUGAAGCUUGAAGAUGAUUCAUGAACCAGUUGUGUAUGGAGAUCUCUAGAUGGCACUCUUGUUAAACCAACCGUGUCAUCUAGGAGUCACCUAGUGCAUGAAGCAAAUUGGAAGCUUCCAUUUCCCAUUGCUACUAUAAAUCAUCUCAUUAUGAUUAGCAAUAACAUUCUUUGUAUUUUAUUUAUUAUUCAUACUUAUUACAAUACAUUAUGACUUUUCGUCUCAUGAGUUUUGAAAAAAUAUUCCGGCUAGAACCGGGUUUUUAUUGUAUUUGUACUUUAUUUUGAACACGAGCGAGAAAGUGGUCAAACAAUUAGGUAAAAUUGACUCAAGAUAUUCAUUUUAUAGAUUGAUGCUAUGUGUAAGGUGAGUCCACUGUGCUGCUUUGUUGCCGCGGUAACAACAUAACAACCGGCGCUGAUAAAGUAAAUGUUUUUUUUAAAAAGCGCUGCUGACAUACAUCCCCGUGCUGCGGUAAAUCUCCACUUAACACCGCUGAUGUAAUAUCACACGUGUGAAUCGUUUACGCAGUUUAGACGCUUCGUAGUUCAAAUGAUAACAACGUGUCUAAUCUCAUAUACACAAAGGAAUGAUGCGAAUGGAUGAGAAUAUUCACAUGCAAAAUUCAAAGUAUUGUUUUCUCUUAAGAUUACAAGGGCUCUUGCAACAGUAAUUUUUCACAAUUGAAAACAAAACAUUAUGUUAUCCUCAAAUUGAGAAAUGAAACCUUCUAUUGCGCAAUUAUGACUUUUUUUUAUAAUGCUCUGACAAGAUUUUACUGGCACAAAUAAAACUUUUGUAACAUUCUGA